AGUCAAUACAGGAAGAGUGGGGAGAGCUCAACUGCUUGCUCGGUGUUCUUACAAAACCGUCUACAGAGCCAGUUGACUCAAUUGCACUCUUCGCAAGCAAAGAAAAUGGCUGAUGCGGAAUGUCUGAGGGAUGUCGACUGCGAGAUUGAGGUAGAAGAAGGGGCUGAAGGCGAGACACAAAGGCUGACGGCGCAAUGGAGUGUGGAGGACGAGGAGGAAGCAGCCAGAGAGCGGCGCCGAAGGGAGCGUGAGAGACAGCUGAGGUCCCAGGCAGAAGAAGGCCUGACCACCACCAGCACUUCUUCCGAGAGUGGGGUGGCAGCGCAAGAAAGCCGGAUUGAUGGUAAGCCUUCUGGGACUACAGAAUUGGAAGAGGAUGAAGGCUUUAGCGAUUGGUCCCAGAAACUUGAGCAGCGCAAGCAGAGAUGGGCAGGGGAAGGAGUGCCGGAAGCAGAGCAGACAUGCCAGGGAGACUGGAGAGAAGCCCAGCCGGUGGCACCUGCAUGCUGUGAAGAAAGUCCUAGGUCACCAAGGCGUUCCUAUGAGGAAGAAGAAGGCAAUCUGAUGGAAGCAGAAGCCAAGCUAGGGCAGAUUCACCUGGAUCAGGAGUCUCCCAUCUUCAUCCGGUUCGCACCUGGGCCGUCAAACUUCCUCAAGUUUUCCUCUGGUUCCAUCUCACAAGAUCAGCCUGAAGAAGAAGCAGAGCUGGAUCAGCAGCAAAAACUUAACGAAGAUGUGGGUAUCAGAGAAGAGAAUGAGGAUGUCAGAGAGGAGCUCCAAGAUGUCGAAGAGGAGCCACAGCAUGUCGCAGAAGAGAAUCGGCAUGAAGAAGAGAAAAAAUGCAAGAGGUCAGAUAAGAAAAGGAGAAGGAAUGAGGAGGAAGAGGCACCAGAAAAACGGCAAAGAACUCCAAGCACUUCCAGCCAAGAGGAAGAAUCUCAGCCACCUUCAAGCCCUACGGUAAAGAUCGUUGAAAGAACUGAAUCCCUGAACCGCUCCAUACAGAAAAGUAACAGUGUGAAGAAGACACAGCCACCUCUUCCAGUUUCAAAGAUUGAUGACAAACUUGAACAGUAUACUCAUGCCAUUGAGACGUCCAUCAAGUCUCCGAAGCCAGUGCGUCAGCUUUCCAUUGACCUGCCUUCCACUAGUGCUGCGGUGGCCAGCACGAAAAGCCUCUGGGAGACGGGGGAAGUGGCUCAAACUUCUGUGAAGACAACCCCCUGUAAGGACAUUGUGGCUGGAGACAUUGUGAAUAAGAGAAGCCUGUGGGAGCAGAAAGAGAGCCCAAGGACAGAUGAAAAUGUCAAGCUUCCUCAGAAGCUUCCUGGCAAGAAGUACAAGUACGUGGCAACAGGGCACGGCCAAUACAAAAAGGUCUUGAUAGAAGAUGGGGCAACGGAAAAAUAGCCUGCUUUGGCACCAAAACACACAGGUUGGCUUGCUCCGUGAUUGAUGGACACCUGAGGCAAUACUUCUAUGCAGUGCUGAUGUUCCCCCUGCUAAAAAGGAACUGUGUUCAAAGGAUGACUUCACUUCCCAGCUCAAAUCCAGCAGCCUGCUUCAAAACCCAGCUACUGAUUUUCUUCACAAAUGGGAGCAUCUCUCCAAGUUUGACUUCAUUUAGACUUGGACACAGCAUCAACUCAAGUGGCAAUAAUCUAGUUGUUUUUUAAAAGCUAUCUCUAGAUCGGCUUUUCAUUCUUUUUUUUUUUUUUUGGAAAAUUAGCUUGCGUGCUGUUCUGUACCCUAAUUUCUUAAUUUAGUAAAAAGAGAGGUUUGCCUACUUCUCCUGGCCAAGCCUAGGGCCUAUCUUAAUAACCAAGGAGGAAUGUUUAAUUUUCCUUAACUACUUUUGAGUUGUGAGCAAGAAAGUGAAAGCAGUAGGAAAACUUAGGAGUUUAUGGCUGAGUCUAAGGAUCUUUCUACCACCUAAGCCUUCAAAAUGACAAGGCAUACCAGUGUCUCACCUCUUGACUAACAUGGAUGCUUUUGAUGAUACAGGAUGCAAUCUUGAGCAUGAAUUGGUGCCCAGUGCACCUUGGAGGCCUCUUCCCCCUCACACCUGAACCAUUCCUGCCUUGAAGGGAGCAUGGUGGUGGUUCUGGCAAAGUUACCAGAUUGGUGUAUUGGUUGGGAUGAAGGCCAGCUCCCAGAAGACAGCCAAAUGGGUUCUCAGAGGACCCAUGGCUGCUAAUACUUUGCAAGGAGUGCCUGACUUGGUGCAAAGAGUGCCACACCUUGCAGUAUAAAUGCAUCUCUUAGCUUGCCAACUUCAAACACUUCUCCCUCAUUAUACAAAAAAGGGGAAGGGCACAAUAUCCUGCUUCUAGCCUCCCAAGACUAGCAACUCAAGGGCUUAGACAAUGUUAUACAUAUCCCCACCCCACCUCCUCUGUUGCUUCUACUUGGUACCAUUCUGUGUGACCUGGACUUGUUUUUGUAAGCCUUUAAUAAAAAUUCUGCGAAACAAA